AUUUCCCAGAGUGCCCAGCAGGUCAGGAAGUCGCGUGAAGUUGUAGCUCCCAAGACCCGGAUUGAGGCAAGAUGGCUGGGUCGUGGUGAGCAGCUGUCAAGGAUGAAAAUAGGUAUGCCUAGAAGCAAAUUCUAAAAGAUUUUUCUCUUCAAAUCACCUUUUUCCAUACCACCUGAUAAGCAUCUUGAUUCACCAUGGCAGUAGCAGCAGCGAAAUGGGCGAUAUCAAACAGAACUAUCUUGAAACGUUUAUUUCCAUUUCAAAAUGGAGCUUCAUUUUGUGUUUGUCAUAAGUCCACAUAUUCUCCUCUUCCAGAUGACUAUAAUUGCAAAGUAGAGCUUGGUUUGACAUCUGAUAGCAGGACAAUAGUUUGCUACCAUCCUUCUGUGGACAUUCCAUAUGAACACACAAAACCUAUCCCUCGGCCAGAUCCUGUGCAUAAUUAUGAAGAAACACUAGAUCAAGUACUGAAAACCAGAUUAGAAGAAAAAGAAGAACACUUGGAGCAAGGACCUAUGAUAGAACAACUUAGCAAAAUGUUCUUUACUACUAAGCACCGUUGGUAUCCUCGUGGACAAAAGUUCAUGACUUCCCAAAACCCUGCUGCAUUUGAGAGUAUACCUUCCAGGGUGCAAUAGUAUGCACUAGUAAAACCUUGAUUAUCUGACAUGUAAUUGGAACCCAUAAGAAAACUGUAAUUUUCUCUAUGCCACUAUAAGUACAUGUAGAAAUGUUUAUAUAAGUGAUUUUCUAUAUGUAUUUUUUUAACUUUCACUUUUUCAUUACGGUUGACAUUCAAUAUUAUACUAGGUUCUGGUGUACAACAUAGUAGUUAGCAUUUAUAUUACUUAUGAAGUGAUUCCCCCUGAUAAGUCUAGUACCCACCUGGCAUUACACAUAAUUAUUACAGUGUCAUUGACUAUACUCCCUGUGUUAUACUUUACAUCCCUGUGACUAUUUUGUAACUGCCAAUUUGUACUUAAUUCCCUUCACCUUUUUCAUCCAGGCUUCCAAUCCUCCACCCCUACAUUCAUCAGUUUGCUCUGUGUCUAUGAGUGUAUUUCCGUUACUUGUUUGUUUGUUUUCUAGAUUCCACAUGUAAGUGAAAUCAUAUGGUAUUUGUCUUUCUCUGUCUGACUUAUUUUACAUAGCAUAAUACCCUCUAUGUCCAUCAGUGUUGUCACAGAUAUGCUAUAUGUAUUAUUCUAUAAUUUAGUGUUCCAUGUUAGUAUAUAUAGAUGUACUCACUUCUUUUUCAACUUAUUUUUAUAUUUUGGAAAAUUUUAGAAAAUUGGCAUCAGAAAAAAUAAUGUCUAGGAAAGUUGCCUGUAUGAAGUCUUAAGAUAAGUGAAAAAUGCUUUUGAUAUCUGAAUCAUAACAACUAAAGAGCAUAUAAUACAUGUAUUUUUAUCAUUUGUGGUAUAGAAAUCUUUACAUUGUAUUUC